AUGCCGGGGGAGACGGAAGAGCCGAGACCCCCGGAGCAGCAGGACCAGGAAGGGGGAGAGGCGGCGGCGGCGGCGGCGACUAAGGCGGCUCCAGAGGAGCCCCAGCAGCGGCCCCCUGAGGCGGCGGCGGCGCCUGCGGGGACCACUAGCAGCCGCGUGCUGAGGGGAGGUCGCGAUCGGGGUCGGGCCGCUGCGGCGGCCGCCGCCGCCGCCGCUGCCGCUGCUGUAUCCCGCCGAAGGAAGGCCGAGUAUCCGCGCCGGCGGAGGAGCAGCCCCAGCGCCAGGCCUCCCGACGCCCCAGGGCAGCAGUCCCAGACCGCGAAGCCCCCGUCUCCAGCUCAGGGCAAGAAGAGUCCGCGACUCCUAUGCAUAGAAAAAGUAACAACUGAUAAAGAUCCCAAGGAAGAGAAAGAGGACGAAGACGACUCUGCGCUCCCUCAGGAAGUUUCCAUUGCUGCAGCAAGGCCUAGCCGGGGCUGGCGCAGUAGUAGCAGGACAUCUGUCUCUCGCCACCGUGACACAGAGAACACCCGAAGCUCUAGGUCCAAGACUGGUUCAUUGCAGCUCAUCUGCAAGUCGGAACCAAACACAGAUCAGCUUGAUUACGAUGUUACAGAAGAGCAUCAAUCUCCAGGUGGCAUUAGUAGUGAGGAGGAAGAGGAAGAGGAGAUGCUGAUCAGUGAAGAGGAAAUACCCUUCAAAGAUGACCCAAGAGAUGAAACCUACAAACCCCACUUAGAAAGGGAAACCCCAAAGCCCCGGAGAAGAUCAGGAAAGGUGAAAGAAGAGAAAGAGAAGAAGGAGAUUAAAGUGGAAGUAGAAGUAGAGGUGAAAGAAGAAGAGUGUGAAAUUCGGGAGGAUGAGGAGCCUCCUAGGAAGAGAGGAAGAAGGCGAAAAGAUGACAAAAGUCCCCGGUUACCCAAAAGGAGAAAAAAGCCUCCGAUCCAGUAUGUCCGAUGUGAGAUGGAGGGGUGUGGAACUGUCCUUGCUCACCCUCGCUAUCUGCAGCACCACAUUAAAUAUCAGCACUUACUUAAGAAGAAGUAUGUAUGUCCCCAUCCCUCCUGUGGGCGACUCUUCAGGCUCCAGAAGCAACUUCUACGACACGCUAAACAUCAUACAGAUCAAAGGGAUUAUAUAUGUGAAUAUUGUGCUCGGGCCUUCAAGAGUUCGCACAAUCUGGCAGUGCACCGGAUGAUUCACACUGGCGAGAAGCCGUUACAAUGUGAGAUCUGUGGAUUUACUUGUCGGCAAAAGGCGUCCCUUAACUGGCACAUGAAGAAGCAUGAUGCAGACUCCUUCUACCAGUUCUCUUGCAAUAUCUGUGGCAAAAAAUUUGAGAAGAAGGACAGCGUAGUGGCACACAAAGCAAAGAGCCACCCUGAGGUGCUGAUUGCAGAGGCUCUGGCUGCCAAUGCAGGCGCCCUCAUCACCAGCACAGAUAUCUUGGGCACUAACCCAGAGACCCUCACACAACCGGCAGACAGUCAGGGUCUUCCUCUUCUUCCUGAGCCCUUGGGCAACUCAACCUCUGGAGAGUGCCUACUGCUGGAAGCGGAAGGGAUGUCAAAGUCAUACUGCAGUGGGACGGAACGGGUGAGCCUCAUGGCCGAUGGGAAGAUCUUUGUGGGAAGUGGCAGCAGUGGGGGCACUGAAGGGCUGGUCAUGAACUCAGAUAUCCUCGGUGCUACCACAGAGGUUCUCAUUGAAGAUUCAGACUCUACUGGACCUUAGUGGGAGGGAAGACUUUGUAUUUAAAAGAUAAAAAAGGACAAAAAAAAGUUUAAAGCAUUUAAAAUCUAGUAAAAUAACUGAAGGGCCUGCUCUUUCCAUUGUGGAUCACAGCACAUAAACACACCCACCCACUCUUCUUCCUCUAUUGUCCCCUUUAUAAAAUUGAUGCUGCGUUUACCAGAAAAGUGGACACAAAAAGAAAGAAGUUCUUUAAGCAAUGAUUGUCUCAUCUUCAGUCCCAGCCGGGCGGGUUUCUUGCAGAUCCCUGUUCCAACC